AUGAACAAAUAACAAAAUUAGUAAGUCUAUGAUUUUUUCGUUGACUUUAUGACUGGAGGUAUAUCUGCAUCUAUAUCAAAAACUAUAGCUUCUCCAAUAGAAGUUGUCAAAAUGAGAAUUCAGUUGAUGGAUGAAAUGGUUAAAUAAGGUAAACUAGACAAAGCCUAUAACAAUAUCUAUGAUUGUUCUAAAUAGAUUUACUAAAAAGAAGGAAUAGCUGGCUUCUGGAAGGGAAAUUACACUAAUAUUGUAAGAUACUUUCCUACUUAGGCUUUUAACUUUGCUUUUAAGGACAAAUUCAAGAAGAUGUUUAAUAAAAACAAAGAAAAGGAUGGGUAUUAUCAAUGGCUAGCUGCUAACAUGGCUUCAGGUGGAUUAGCUGGCUCAGCUUCCCUCGCAAUUACAUAUUCUUUAGAUUAUGCUAGAACUAAGCUAACUAAUGAUACUAAAAACCCUAAAAAUGGGAAUAAGCAAUACUCAGGACUUAUUGAUGUCUAUAGACAAACUUUAAAAACUGAUGGUUUUGUAGGUUUGUAUAGAGGUUUUGUCAUUUCAUGCCUUGGGAUAGUAAUUUACAGAGGACUUUACUUUGGAUUGUAUGAUUCUAUUAAACCAAUGCUUCCAGAAAAGUAUAAAAAUGAUUUCAAAUCAAAUUUUGCUUUAGGAUGGGUGGUAACCAUAUUAGCUGGUUUAAGUUCUUAUCCUAUUGAUACUAUAAGAAGAAGAAUGAUGAUGACAUCUGGCACUCUGAUAAAAUAUAGAGGUUCUUUAGACUGUGCAAAAUAAAUUUAUCUGAAUGAAGGCAUGAAAUCUUUCUUCAAAGGAGCUGGAGCUAAUGUUAUUAGAGGAAUAGCCAGUGCUGGUGCCAUCUCAGGCUACGAUUAAAUAUAAAGACUACUUGGUAUUUAACAAAGUACUUCUUCAUCAGUUUACUGA